AUGAUUCAAAUUUCGUCUUCCAAUUACAUGCCUGAAUUUGGAAUGGAAGACACUAUUUUGUUUCAAGAAAUGGAUUCAUUUGCAUUCAACUAUGAUGAUGUUUCAUACUUCAACACUUUUUCAGCAGGAUCCACACCUGAGAGUACUAAUUCCUCUCAUAAUAAUAAUAAUAAGAGAUUUCAUUCCGAAACCACACAAAACAACUCUUUCCCCAUUGAAAGUCCUGAUCAAUCUAUUGUCUCUGCAACACCACCAACAAUGGCUUCUUCAUCUUCCAAAAUAAUUUCCUUUGACAAUAUGGAUGCAAGGAUUAAGAAGCCUAAAACUGAGUCGGGGUACGGUGAAAACUUGAAUUUUGGAAGUGAGUAUGAUAGACGAGAGAACAAGGCUGCGACAGCGAUACCAAACAGAAACCUGAUCCAAGCAAGAGAUCAUGUAAUAGCUGAAAGAAAAAGAAGGCAAAAGCUUAACCAGAAAUUCAUUACUCUUUCCUCCAUUCUUCCUGGACUCAAAAAGAUGGACAAGGCAACUAUUUUGGAAGAUGCUAUAAUUCAUCUAAAGCAAUUAAAAGAACGAGUGGAGAGUUUAGAGGAACAAGUAGCUGAUACAAAAGUCGAAUCCGCAGUUUUUGUGAAGAGAUCUAUUCUCUUUGCCGAUGAUGAUAGCUCCUCCUCUUUCGACGAAAACUUAGACCAAUCACUCCCAAAAAUCGAAGCAAGAGUUUCUGGAAAAGACAUGCUCAUUAGAAUCCACUGUCACAAACAAAGCUGCCGAACUUCGACCGCAAUACUUAACAAACUCGAAAAACAUCAUCUCAGCAUUCAGAGUAGUUCCGUUUUACCAUUUGGAAGUAAAUAUAUUGACAUAACCAUUGUUGCGCAGAUGAGUAAAGAAUAUUGCUCGACAAUAAAAGAUCUGAUAAGAAGCAUAAGUCAGGUUUUGAAGCAGCUCGCUUGA